GGACAUUCGCGGUGCUUAGUCGAUUACAUCAAGCUGCGAUUCCUCAUAUAACUCAGCAUUGAAUGAGCACCUUCAAUUGAUAUAUCUGCGUCCGCGAAAUAAUGAGAUAAUGCAGGGUUUCCUGUCGCGAGUGGCUCGGCUACCGUCAUCGGGCUGCCGAUGCAAAACUUGCUUGAGGACGUAUGUCAAUGGAGUCGCUACGCGCCCUGCCACGGCUAGCAGCCGUCGAGGCCUUCGUACAGCAAAUGCAGUUACAGCUCUAUACGGAAGUAUCUUCGCCAGUGCAACCAUCGCAGACGCUUUAUCGAAACGAAAACGUCGGCAAGAAUGGGAGGAUAAAAUCGCGGCAGUUCAGGAAGAGAUAGAUGAAUUGAUGGAUGAAGAACGUCGGCUUUUGGAAGCACUGUCUGCUCGAAAGACUCGACAAACUUCUGCUGGUGCCCUUCAAUCCUGGUCUUACCGGGCCGGUGCUCAAAUUGAAACGAGAAAUGCACAAACACUGGCAAAUCGUGCUUUUAGCACCAAGGCACCUAUAGAGAAGAGCGCUGCAGAUGAUUACGCCGUUGAAAGUGAUUGGACUAUCAGUGAUAUUGCAGGGCAUAGUUCCCGUAAAGCGGACAUCGAUGAAACAGCCUUCGUUGAAGAAACACUACUCAGUGUAUCAACCCGAGAAAGUGCUAGUGAUGAGGAAACCGGCAACUUCGAGUAUGAAACUUUUGAUGAGGAUCUCUCCAAUAUGAAUAAUAUGAUCCCACGACCUGAGCCAGACUUUAAAUGGGAACGCUCCAGCAUAGUUCGCAUCAAAGCUAUACAAAAAUUAGCUAUUCAACAACUCGUCUACAGAAUGAUAUUACGGCCUUCCGUUGCGCAUGAUUAUUCUGGUCUCCCAGUAGAAUACCGACUGGACGAGCCGUCCACCGGAUCCCCUAAUGCUUUAUUGAAUCGGCUCCGGGGUGUGCGACGACGGCUAUACUCUUUGAAAUAUAUUAGGGACGCAAAAUUUGACGAUCUUAUGCAAAAUUUCACCAUCGAAGAACUAGAAACGAUGCGCGAUGACCGAGAUCGAUACGAUAUUCUUCUCAAAAGAGACCUUGAGCAGUACGCGAAUGGCAAAUUGUCCCUGCAACAAUUGUUGAUGCAAGUGUCAGACAAUCUCUUGACCUGUCAAGAACCAGACCGUCCUGUUGCAUUUUCACUUCUUAUAAAUGCUUUCACCAGAUGGCACCAAAACGACUUGGCUGACUUGGUGCUAAAAUGCCUGAUCCCGAAUUUGUUCAAACUCAGCACACCCUUGAUCGUCGCUAUUAUCUCGCACUUCCGAAAGACGAAGAAUCUAAAAGAUUUUGAUCUGUUUCUUCAAAUGUUAAGAGGCGAAGGUGGCUAUUCAGUCAAUCUACGGACAACAUGGGUGAAGAGAAACGUGAAUGGGAUUACAAUUACAGUUCCUCCCACAGGAGGCUUCAGCCCUGUUCUCAUUACCAGUGUCAUUACUGCAACCCUGCGUUUCGACCAACCGGAGAAAGCGGAGGCUUACAUGCAGGUAGCCCGUGCUCACGGAUUUAUUGAUAACCUGGAUACUCUAUCCGCGUUUUUGAGAUUCUAUGCUAUCCGAAAUGACUUCGAGACUGGCCUAUCUACCCUCGUCAGGGCACUGAAUUACAUGAUCUCGUCUUCAGAUUUCGAAGAAGACCGUAUCGCAAGACUUAUCCUCUGUAUGGCUGACUUUAGUGCUCGCUGCGGUCGAUAUAAUCUGUCUACGACGUUGAUUCAAGCUGCAGUACAGAGUGGUUUUGACUACAGCUUGGUUUACAUAUCAGAAAGAUCGGAGUUGAACUACUUACUUGGCACUUUUAAAAAAUGGAGGAAAGCGCAAGCGAAAGUCGAAAUGGAUUUCUCACAGCAACAGCAGUUGCCGCUCCAUGAGAAAUGUACCAGGUUCGCAGAUCUGACCGCGGCGAAGAUCAUUCAUUUACAGCAUAUGACAACACAUUAUGACAACGAUACAUCACCCACGCUCUCCUUAGAUCUACCAGACGAACCACAGAUCACUCAACUGUCGUCAAAAUAUGCCAAACUACAAUCCGAUACCAACAAAUCUCCUGCGACCCAAAAAUCAACGACAAGCUAUCCUGUCGAACCAUCAGUCAAGAUCAAGAAUCUUCGGUCGCAAGAAGGAGAAUUGAUACCGUCAAAGGCGUUGGAGGAUGUCUUUUGGUUCUGUGGUUGA